AUGCAUUUCACAAGCCUCUUCCUCAUGGCAGGCGUCGCCUUUUCAACAGCAUCUCAUGAGGCAGCCUUUAUAGAAAGGGGAGCCACCCUUGCAGAACCCGGCCAGCCCCAAGACGUGGUAAUCACCGACGAAAACAUUCUCACCGGCGGAUAUCGCCCAAAUGUCGACCAAACUGAGCCAUCAAGCAAUCACACUCUACCAUUGAAGCUCAUCAACAAAUAUGCUGGCGGCCCAAUCAAUGCUUACAUCCAAGGCCUAGACAUGAACGGCGCCAUCGUCUUCAUUGUCGCAGACGGCAGCCUCAUAUACCCCAGCUCCAAGGGCUCUUCGGUCCCCGUCGAGAUCAAGCAAGAUAUUGCGAUUCCACUACCAGCUAUAAACGAAUCCAUCACCCUCAACAUCUCUAUUCCCCUCAACUCGGGAAGAGUAUAUUUCUGCGAGGGCAAUCUCACGUUUGCCAUUCUCGACCGUGGAGACGGAGAAGGCCUUGUACAGCCUUCCAUCAACUCCAAUGAUCCCAGCGCCUCUCUCAACUGGGGUUUCGCAGAACUGACUUAUCCUGAAGAUGGAUCAGUCUACGCCAAUAUCAGCUACGUCGACUUUGUCGGACUCAUACUCAGCAUGGUCCUCUCGACCACAGGCGGAGGUACUCCCCAAAUCACCCGUGGACUCCAACCAGACGCCGUCCGCAAGCUCUGCUACGGCCUCUACAAACAGAGCAUCAAGGAUGACUAUCACUGGAUCGGAAUGUGUGUCAUGGCCGACAACAGCCGUCCAAUCCGCGUCAUGUCCCCAAACUAUUAUCAUCGCAUGAACGAAUCCGCCUUCCAAGAAUACUGGACAAAGUAUGUGGACGACGUUUGGGACACCUACUCAAAAACGCCCCUCAUCAUCGACACCCAACGAGAGCUCGGCAACGUCUCAUGCCUAGUCGUCAACGGCACCAUGCAAUGCGGCAACGACCCUCAUAGAUACCCCAAGCCCACAGCAGCCGACAUCUGGGGCUGCAAUGGCGGCCCCUUUGCCCGACAUGAGAACGAGACUCCCACUCACCUUGCUGUCGUCCCCCGUCUCUGUGCCGGAUUCGUUCGUUCGACGCUUCUUCUCCAGGGAGGAUACUUCCAGCCCAGUUUGGGAUCGGACUAUCAUUACAUCGUCAGCCCAACGAAUCACUAUAGCCGACUUGUACACGAAUUGCAGGUGGAUGGUAGAGGCUACGCGUUUUCAUACGACGACGUCAAUCCUAAUGGGAAUGAGGAUGCGUCAGGGACGGUUGCGGCAGGGGAUCCAAGUCUAUUGACGAUUUAUGUUGGCUCCCCGCCGACAGAUGUUUAA